GUUUUUUUUUUCUUUUAUUUUUCUUCCAUGGAUUCUUCUUCUCCCUUUUUCACUUCCCAAGAGGAUUUUCUUCUGUUCCACAAAAUGGACAGAGACCUCUACAGAAUCCUUGUCAUCAACCUUUCACGUGACCCAUCAGAAUCCAUUCAUAUGCUUUCUAUGUGGCUUUGGUUAGAAAAAGUUGGUUUUCGCAACAUUAUAAAAAAAAUCAUGUCUUUACCUAUUAUCUUGAUCAAUGAAGUUGCUGAUGAAUCUCUAAUAUGUCUCACUUGUGUUAACAAUUUAAUAGCAGUGUCAUCAUCAUUUUCUGAAGCCAAUGACAUUCCUCUUCUUCAAAGCCUAAUGGACAAGGAAAUCUCGUUGAAGUUCUUUGACGAAAAUCGCGUCGAAGCAAAAGAAGGGAUGUCGAGAAUAGGACAAGAAAUUUGUUUAAGAGCGUUUAGCGACAUCAUGCAACAAGCCAUGAUGAGGAACGCGGCGGAGAGAAUGGUGGAGAACAAUAAUUUCUGGUUUGGUUCCAUUGCAGCGCCAAGUCAGAGACUGGGCGCUGCAGUAGGAAACAAUAUUGGUGUUGGUGCAGGGGUGCAAGUGCAACAACAGGGGCGUGUAGUAGUAGUAGUACCAGCGGAUGAUAGGACAUUGUUUGUGACAUUUUCAAAAGGGUAUCGUGUGGAAGAAUGGGAAGUGAGAGAGUUUUUUACAAUGGCUUAUGGCGAUUGUAUUGAGGCUUUGUUUAUGCAGGAAGUGGCAGGAAAUGAACAAGCACUUUUUGCGAGGAUUGUUUUUCAUAAGGUGAAUACUAUUGAUAUGAUUUUGAGAGGGGCUAGUAAAGUCAAGUUUUCAAUUAAUGGGAAACAUGUUUGGGCUAGAAAGUUUGUUCCCAAAAGAGGAAAUGCAAGUACUGGUGAGACUAGUACUUCUGCUUCUGCUUUUGGAUCUGGAUUUGGGAUGUAGACAAAUUAUUAUAGGUGGCUAAUUUAAUGAGGAGACUUGGUUUGAAUUAUCAUUCUGGAUCAUGUAUAGUUGAUUUGAAUGAAUAAAAUUGCAUGUGUGGUUUUUA